UCCCGUCGCUCCUCAUCGUCCCCCGCCAGCUGAGGGGCCGCCGCCGCCGUCGCCACGGUCUAGCCCGGAGCCCCUGCGGCGCGGCGCUCGGCGACUGCACUUCCGGCCCGCGCUCGGGUGUCGCCUGCAGAUGCCCCCGCCGGCUCCCACAUAACCUGUUCUCCGCCUCCCUCCCCGAGCGGGCGCCCAGCCCGCCCUCUCGGGCAUGCGCAGAGGCCGCCGUCUGGGGGAGUCGCGCGACGGUGGCCGCGACGGAAAAGAGACCUCGGCGCCGCGGGCCCGGCGUUGCUCCGCAGCUGGAGGCUCAAGGUUUAUCGAGCUCUUCCGGGAACUUGCAGGACCUGCCAAUCAAAUCCUGAACUUCCGGGGCGGGAGGAGCCAGGGCUGACCAGCUGCGAGGGCUGGAAGGAGACCACCUGGGGACGCAGUUUUUUCAGAAGAAAUGGUUCUCCUGAUAACGUAUUAGGAUGUGAGGUAGAGAGCUCCCAGUCAAAGCUGGACUCCUUGACUCAGAGCUUCCAAAUGUUAAUACCUGUGAUAAAAAGUCCCACCUCCCACAAUAGGGAGCUCAGCAGAUGUUAACAAGACACAGAUCUACGCAGACGCGCGCCCUUUCGUUGGACCAGCAACUGAAGCCUCUGACGCUGCUGGAAAGUAGGGUAAAAUAAAGAAGUUGAAUAGGAGGCUAGAAAAAUUACUCCUCACCAGACAGACUCCUGGGGCUUUACAACAUCAUGGGUAAUACCGGACAAAUAUUCAGGAGAUAUUAGUGAAUUACAAUUGCAAAGAAAAUACGUUGCGCUAGAAGGAGUCCUAGGAUCGAGUUCCACGUCAACUAGCACUGUGAACUGUCUCAGUUCUGCAUGAUAGACAAUCCCCGAAGGCGCUUGACGGUUCUGAAAAGUUUUAUCAGAGCCCACUGCAGCAAAACGUCACUUUCGUGUUAACACAUUAUUUAUACUAAAAGGAAACAAUUACGAGUUGUUUUUCCCUUUAUCAGUAAUUUCUGAAGUCUCUGUGCUGGAGCGGGACAGAUCACAGCAAGAUUUCAGUGGAAAGCAACGUCGCCUUGAAUAAAAAAGCACGGGAUUUGUUUCCAUCUCUCAAUCUUGAGUGUGUAGCACAGUUACUGUUUCGUGGGUGCUCAAUAGAGCUUUCUCAGGUUUACUUUGAACCCUUGAACGUGUGUUAGAGCCCAUGGAACUGUUUAUUAUAUGUUUUAUACAUGAUGCAUGAUGUGAAUCAUUUCUGUACUAAGAAAGAAGAACUCAGAUCACACUUGUGCACAUCAUAAAAACAAGUAGUCUGAAAUCAUUUCGCAAAAGCCUGUUUUUCUGCCGAAAUAAAACAGCAGGUAUUUUGGCAGAGAGCACAUCCUCUUCUGUCUUGGGUGCUUUCACAAGGGAGCUGCGAAGUAGGAGUGCGGUUGCCAGUUUCACAUGCAGAGAACAAGAACUCUAAGAGGCUGUCACUUGCUAGGAAGAGCCUAGGCUCGGGGUUCUGUUAAGAAAUCAACGCACAAAAUGUUUUGCUCAGCGAAGAAAUCUAGUCGAGCGUGGGUUGACCGCUUGCAAAGAGCGCCUGCUCUAGCAGCGAAGCUGAGCUGCGGUUGUGCUUCCAAUUCCAACCUGCUCAGCUGCUCCCUCUGAGAAGAAAUCCGCGUUGCUGCGCCUGCGCAUACCGUCCCAUGACUUCCUGCCCGAACCGCUCUGCCCUCAGAGCUCCAAGUGCGCAUGUGCGGCGAACAGCUGGCGGAAGCUGUAUCUGUCCCAGAUAGCUUCCGGUUUGGUGGCGGUAGCUCAGACUGGACACCGGGUGUGCGUUUGUGCGGCAGCGGCUGCCGGGGAAGUUAGGCUACUGCAAAACAGCUGUCUCCGAGGAACACACAACUCGUCCAGGGUGGCGUGAAGGGGACUCCAGGUAAAUCAGAGGAUUCACUGUCUCUUCUAUGGCUGCCUCACAAGGUGCACAGACUGUUGCAUCUCAUGUUCCCUUUGCAGAUUUAUGUUCAACUUUAGAACGAAUACAGAAAAGUAAAGGACGUGCAGAAAAAAUUAGACACUUCAAAGAAUUUUUAGAUUCUUGGAGAAAAUUUCAUGAUGCUCUUCAUAAGAACCAAAAAGAUGUUACAGACUCUUUUUAUCCAGCAAUGAGACUUAUUCUUCCUCAGCUAGAAAGAGAGAGAAUGGCUUAUGGAAUCAAAGAAACUAUGCUUGCUAAGUUUUAUAUUGAAUUGCUUAACUUACCCAGAGAAGGGAAAGAUGCUCUUAAACUCUUAAAUUAUAGAACACCGACCGGAACACGUGGUGAUGCCGGGGACUUCGCCAUGAUUGCAUACUUUGUGUUGAAGCCAAGAUGCUUGCAGAAAGGCAGUUUAAACAUACAGCAAGUCAAUGAACUUUUAGACUCAAUUGCCAGCAAUAAUUCUGCCAAAAAAAAGGACCUAGUAAAAAAGAGUCUUCUUCAGCUUAUAACUCAGAGUUCAGCACUUGAACAAAAGUGGCUUAUACGGAUGAUAGUGAAGGAUUUAAAGCUUGGUUUCAGUGAGAAAACUAUAUUUUCUGUCUUUCAUAAUGAUGCUGCUGAGUUGCAUAAUGUCACCACAGAUCUCGAAAAAGUCUGCAGGCAACUCCAUGACCCCUCUGUUGGACUCAGUGAUAUUUCUAUCACAUUAUUUUCUGCCUUUAAGCCAAUGCUGGCUGCCAUCGCAGAUAUUGAGCAGAUUGAGAAGGACAUGAAGCACCAGAGCUUCUAUAUCGAAACGAAGCUCGAUGGUGAGCGCAUGCAGAUGCACAAAGAUGGAGAUGUGUAUCGGUACUUUUCCCGGAAUGGAUAUAACUACACCGAUCAGUUUGGUGCUUCUCCCAGUGAAGGUUCCCUUACCCCCUUCAUUCAUAAUGCAUUCAAAACAGAUGUGCAGACCUGUAUCCUGGAUGGUGAGAUGAUGGCCUACAACCCCAAUACACAAACUUUUAUGCAAAAGGGGAAUAAGUUUGACAUUAAAAGAAUGGUAGAGGAUUCUGACCUGCAGACUUGUUACUGCGUUUUUGAUGUAUUGAUGGUCAAUAAUAAAAAGCUAGGACGUGAGACCCUGAAAAAGAGGUAUGAGAUUCUUCAUAGUACUUUUAUACCAGUAUCAGGUAGAAUGGAAAUAGUCCAGAAGGCACAAGCUCAUACUAAGAAAGAAGUCAUUGAUGCAUUGAAUGAAGCAAUUGAUAAAAGAGAAGAGGGAAUCAUGGUCAAACAUCCUCUGUCCAUUUACAAGCCAGACAAAAGAGGUGAAGGGUGGCUAAAAAUUAAACCAGAAUAUGUCAGUGGACUAAUGGACGAAUUGGACAUCUUAAUUGUGGGAGGCUAUUGGGGGAAGGGCUCCCGGGGUGGGAUGAUGUCUCAUUUUUUGUGUGCUGUAGCGGAGAAGCCCCCUGCUGGUGAGAAACCAGCUGUGUUUCAUACCCUUUGUCGUGUUGGCUCAGGGUACACCAUGAAAGAACUGUAUGACCUAGGUUUAAAGCUGGCCAAAUACUGGAAGCCUUUUCAUAAAAAAGUGCCACCAAGUAGCAUUUUGUGUGGAACAGAGAAGCCAGAAGUGUACAUUGAACCUUGUCACUCCGUCAUCGUUCAGGUUAAAGCAGCAGAGAUUGUCCCCAGUGAAAUGUAUAAAACUAGCUGCACGUUGCGUUUCCCGAGAAUUGAGAAGAUCAGAGAUGACAAAGAGUGGCAUGAGUGCAUGACCCUGGAUCAGUUAGAGCAGUUGAGGGGGAAGGCGUCUGGGAAGCUUGCAUCGAAACAUCUUCACGCGGGCGAUGAUGAUGAACCUAAGGAAAAAAAACGGAAAGCCGCCCCCAAGAUGAAGAAAGUCAUUGGAAUUCUUGAACACUUAAAAGCACCUAACCUUUCUCACAUAAGCAAAGUUUCCAACAUAUUUGAGGAUGUAGAGUUCUGCGUUAUGAGUGGAACAGACAGUCAUUCAAAACUUGACCUGGAGAACAGAAUUGCAGAAUUUGGUGGUUAUAUAGUACAAAACCCAGGUCCCGACACGUACUGUGUAGUUGCAGGCUCAGAGAACAUCAGAGUGAAAAACAUUAUUUCCUCAGAUAAACAUGAUGUUGUCCGGCCCACAUGGCUUCUAGAGUGUUUUAAGGCCAAGACCUGCUUGCCAUGGCACCCUCGCUUUAUGGUUCACAUGUGUCCAUCCACUAAACAACAUUUCGCCCAUGAAUAUGAUUGCUAUGGUGACAGUUAUUUUGUUGACACAGAUUUGAGUCAGCUGAAGGAAGUGUUCUCUGGGAUUAAAGAUUCUCACUACCAGGCCCCUGAAGAAAUGGCCUCUGUGAUUGCGGAUUUAGAGUAUCGUUACUCCUGGGACCAGUCUCCUCUCAGUAUGUUUCGACACCACACCAUCUAUUUGGACUUAUAUGCUGUUAUUAAUGACCUCAGUACCAAAAUUGAGGGAACAAGAUUAGCGAUUAUGGCUUUGGAGCUGCGAUUUCAUGGCGCAAAAGUAGUUUCUUGUUUAGCAGAAGGUGUGUCUCACGUGAUUGUUGGGGAAGAUCAGAGUCGGGUUGCAGAUUUUAAAGCUUUUCGAAGGACUCUUAAGAAAAAGUUUAAAAUUUUGCAAGACUGUUGGGUGACUGAUUCGAUAGACAGAGGUGAGUUAGAGGAGGAAAGGCAGUACUUGAUUUAAAGCUAGCUUGUUAGUGAGGAAAACCUUGAAUUCUGCACACUCAUUGGAACAAUGAAAAUGAUAAAUUUUAUUUUUAUAGUUUCAGUGUGUACUUCUUUUAUUAGAUGUAUGAAGACAAAAAAAAAAAAAUUUAAGAUGAAAAAGCAACUGAAUGAUCCAAAGCCAGGCAAGAAAUUCUGUCACUAGUGUAUAUUUUAUGGUUUUUUUAUAAUAAAGAUGAAACAGAUGAAGAACGUUUAUAUCCAUAUGGAAAUUUAGUAUUUUGACUCAGGUAUUAAUAAAAUACAUUAGGGAACCUUUAGAAUAUCAAUCUUCUAAGUAGUAUUUUUCUGAAAUCUAAAAGUUUUAAUAGUUUUUGUCUAAUUAAGGUAUUUUAAGGAAAAAAGGUAGAAUUGUUGUUUGCCCUGUGAAAACACAUCCUUUUACUUGAGGCCAGAAUGCCUCUUUUAAAAAAGUGAAAUGUAAAUAAAUUUAUUUUUUAAGAAUUUAAAUUAUUUAAGGUCGAUGUGUAUAGUGUAUAUUAAGUCUGAAUUUAUAUAACAAAUUGUCCAGUGUACUCUACAUUCAAAAAUAUAUGUGUAUAACACUCUAGAAAUGAAGGGAAUUUGAAACCUGAACUACGGUAUGUAAAUUAUUUGGAAGUAGAACAAAUGUAUGUCAUUUUGUUAUACUAAUUUAAAUAAAAUAUUUAAUAUAGUGUUAA